UCGAACAAGUUAUCGAUAUAAUGGCGAAGUGAAUUAAAUGUAAUAUGUAAAUGUAAAUGAUUUUUUUUUAAAUUAAUUUUUCCUUGAUUUUUUUUGCAAUGAAAUUAUUUUGUGUUGCCUAUUUGUGACCAGAUUUUCCGUCGAUUUAUUUGUUUGACAUUUUUCGCAUUUACAUUGCCCGAAAAGUGGUAUAAAUUGUGCCUCGGAAGUUUUGUUUGCAUCAUAACACGGAUUACAAAUUUUUGUUCAAUUUUUUUUUAUUUUGUAACACGGAAAAAAAGUGCACCGCCCAUUAUUAUUGUUGUUAUUUUUAUUGAACACCGUGCUUGAAACAAAUUCAUAAAAUGCUUCGCUUUCUGAGUGGUCGAAGUCGACGAAAGAACAGCAUUAAUGCUCACAAUUCGCAAAGGAAGAAACAACUCGAUUGUCGAAUUAUUUUACUUGACGGGACUGAUCUAUCUGUUGAUUUGACGAAAAAAGCAAUGGGAAACGAUCUUUACGAGCAAGUGUUCUACUCGUUGGACCUAAUCGAGAAAGAUUACUUUGGCCUGCAGUUUACAGAUUCGAAUCAUGUCAAACAUUGGCUUGAUCCAACCAAACCCAUUAAGAAACAAGUCAAAAUUGGUCCUCCGUAUACGUUGCGUUUAAAAGUAAAAUUUUAUUCGUCCGAACCGAAUACGCUACGCGAAGAACUGACUCGAUACCAAUUCUUUCUUCAACUCAAACAAGAUUUACUCGAUGGAAAACUUGAGUGUACCGAUCAGAGAGCGGUCGAAAUGUGUGCGCUGGCGUUGCAAUCUGAACUCGGCGAUUAUGAUGAAACUGUCCAUACAGCUGCCACCGUUUCCGAAUUCCGGUUUAUGCCCAAUCAGACGGAAACAACGGAAAUUGCAAUAUUAGAAGAAUACAAAAAGUGCACCGGACUGUCUCCAGCCGAAGCCGAGACCAUUUUUUUGAACAAAGCGAAACAUCUGGACAUGUACGGCGUGGACAUGCAUACUGUGUUGGGAAAAGACGGCUGUGAAUAUCACCUUGGACUGACACCAACUGGAAUUUUAGUUUUCGAAGGAGCUCAAAAAAUCGGACUUUUCUUUUGGCCUAAAAUUGGGAAAUUAGAUUUCAAAAAGAAGAAACUUACGUUGCUAGUGGUGGAAGAUGAUGACGAAGGACAAUCACAAGACCACACAUUUGUUUUUCGAUUGUACAAUGAAAAGGCGUGCAAGCACCUGUGGAAAUGUGCAGUGGAACAUCACACAUUCUUCCGGUUGCGUGCACCUGUUCGCGAACAAUCUGCUCGACAGAAUUUCUUCCGAAUGGGAUCGCGUUUCCGAUACACUGGUCGCACCGAAAUUCAAGCCACACAACAAAGUCGUCCAAGACGAUCGGUGCAAUUCGAGCGUAGACCAUCACAGCGCUUUGCUAGACGACAAUCGCAUGUCCUACGCGAACGUCAAAAAACUACCGGUACUGCUACGACCACGGCAGCUACUAGCUCAGAAACAUCGCCCGAAUCAACGUCUGUGUCGGUUACGCCAUCACCUUCUAUUCAAACUGUUGUUCAAAAUCAUGUAACAACAAAUACCUCAGUCACACCGCCACCAUCCACAACGGCUGAAUUGUUACAUGUACCGUCCGUGUCGGAGAGUCGAUGUUCCAAUAAAUCGUCCUCGUCGACAGAGGACGGUUGCAAUUUCAUCAAAAUCGGAUCAUUUGGCAAGGCCGGUAUGAAUGGGCUGAUCGAUAUCGAUAAUGUGGCGGCUAAACAUGUGGACGAUCAUGCGUUCCAAAAAGGCGGCGUUCAUGGAUCGUUGGGAAAGGCUUCCAUUAGUUCAGCGUUUAGCAUCAAAAGUGGCUCGACGGAUAAAGAAAAUCUGGACACUUACCUGAAAACAAUCGCAAAAGAAUCUAUAACAUCCAUUAAUGAUGCAAACAAUGCAACGAUCAGGGUGACCAUAAACAAAACUGUUGAAAUGGACAACAAUACGGAUACACUCAAGAAACUGUCGACCAGCGAAAAACCGAAUAAUCAAACGAAACUUGCAAACACCGGUGGUCCAUUGCUUCCCGGACAAAUCAAAUGUAACAUUUUGAAAGCACGUGCUGAGGAAGAACUCGGUGCCACAUCUGCAAUCAAAAUGACAAAUCAUUCGAAUACAACGCCAUCAACGGAUGGACCUGACUCGUUGAACGCAGCUACAUAUGUAUCAGUCGGUGGCGACAAAUUGACAUUGAAUCUAACCGGUGAUUCGCCGUUCAAAAUGAUCAAUACCAACAAUUCAACGACCAAUAGUACCGUGUCAUCGCCGACCGUGCCAAAUUUUCCAUUGGCAUUCGACAACAAACACAAUAUAUCCUGUUCCUCUCAGCCGACCUCACUUUUGAAUGGCUUAAGCGAAAAUGUGACCGUGACACAUUUUUCCGAAACGCACGGCGCAAUGGAAAGAAUCAGCGUUCCAUCGGACAACAUUUUCAGUACGGAAAUCACGUCACCGAAGCUAGACAACAAUGUGCGCGCAGCCAAUAAUUUAAAGUCAUCGGAAACUGUUGUCGUCGACACCAGCAGCACCACUGCCACCACUAGCCAACCGACGAAUCCAUUCUUGAACAUGUCGCCAACGACGACAAUCGCACCGCCAUCGCAACCGUCUGUUAUUGUCACCACCAUAACAUCCACAAAUCCAUUCAUACCCACAUCGAAUUAUACAUCUCCAUCGCUUGCCAUCAGUAAUCCAUUUAGAGACGGCGAUAAUGACACAAAGCCAGUAGCUAAAGUUGAGUCAAACGCUUUGAACAAUCAUACACCACCAGUCGAUGCGAAGGAAGCGGAAAAAAAGAUUCCCGACAAAGUGGAUAACCACAAAGCUCAUGAUCUGGUUUCACCAUGGUUAGUUUCUUCAGACGUCGUAUCAACGCCCACUAUUCUACGUAAAAAAGUUAUAACCACGCAACUAUAAAAUUUUACCGUGUUACGUAAAAAGUGUAUAAGGCACGAUAGAGAGAGGCAGAGAAAGCGAGUUCAUAAUAAUAAUAUUUUGAAAAUUGGUUCUUCUUGCAAAUUCUUUAUUCGAAAUGGAAAUUCGUUCGAAAAAUUUCGUCUUUUUUUAAUUUAUUGGCGAUUCGAUAUUUUGGUGCUAAAUUUAAACAAAAUUAAUUUUUUUUUAUUGAUUUCUUUUAUAAGACUAACCCCGAAACGUAUAUAACUCGAUUAACAAACGAAACAAAAAAAAAUUGUGGAACUUAAAAGUAUUUACACAUUCCGGACAAUUGUUUUUUUCAUUUGAUGACCUAAACCGUAAAAUACUUUACUACUUAGAUGACUGCUAAUAUUAAAAAUAGAAAAAUUUUUGCAUUUAAUUUAAACAUACAACUGUUGGACUGUUCCAUGUAUUUACCAUUUGCCGAGGGAAUAGAACUUUUUGUCGCUUUCAGGAAAUUUUCCUCAAUUUGUUGGGUGGUGCGGAAGUUUUUUUUACUGGAAAAAUGAGGAUUCAUUCAGGUUAAAAAUGGAAUCAAUAUUUUGUCAAAAUGAUCCUAUUCACUCCUCGAAUUCUAUUGCCUUUUGAGGAGUGAAGUUGGUCAUUUCUGAGGAUUUUUUUAUUCACUACGGUAGCUCGCAUUUAUUUUUAUCAUUCCGAAGACUUUAAUUUUCUUAAUUUUACUUUUAAUCGGACUGACACAAUCGUCCAACAUAUUACGACCGAUUUUCACCCCAAAAAUCUUGAUGCGAUUUUCUAUUCCGAUCAUGAAAAUCAUUUUAUUAAACCAACUGUUCCUGAUACAAAGGAAUAGCGUCGAAAUAAUGCCUUAUAUCAAUUGUGCGUAAACAGUCAGUGUUAUCCGUCAUAGACUUACGUGCUUUUGCAUAAAUAUAUAUAAUAUGUCGAUUUACAUUACAAAGAGGCGAUACUUGCAAUUACUUAUUUUGAUCUCAAACUUUUCAGAGCUACUUAAAUGGACGCAGUGACUUACGAUUUAAAACAAAACGGUAGAGACUAUUAUUUGGAAACAAUACAUUACCUAGAUUUUCCAGAAUUUUCUUACAUUUUUCCGAAUUUUUAUUAAGGAAAAUGAAAGAAUAUUCUGGAAAAUAUGACCAAACCUUUUCCCAAAAAUAGUCUUUUGCAGAUAAGAUAGCCUCACACUAAAAAAAAGUUCUCCAUUUUGCAUUGUGAAAAUGGAGACCAUAUUUUCUAGACUAGUGCUGAAAUAUCGGACUUUGUCAUUGUUUUUUUUAGCGAAUUCGAACCUCAUGUUCACUGAUAAAGCCUUUCAGCAUGCGUUAAUCAUAACUUACAAUUUUUAAGUGUGCGGCCAGCUUUACGAAGAUUUUUUUCUCUAUUUUAUUAUCCACUUACUUUAGUUUUUUACAAUAGUAAAAUAGGAAAAUUAAGUCUACAUUUUGAGAUAAUAGACCUAUUCAGUGAACGAUCGAUUUUUUUUAAAUAGAAAUUUCUUUAUCUAACAAUUACCGACGGCAAACAAAAAAUUCAUUUGAAAAUGUAAUAAAUGAAGACAAUGCAAAUGGAAAUGUUAUUGAGUAAGAAGUUCGGUAAGAAGCAGAAAUUUAUUGAUAGAGCCAGAUGCACCAGACGGUGUACUUCGGAAGGUAUCUGUUAAAUACAAUCACCUCUACUACGAUGAGAAAUCUGAGUAUCACCCGAGCAUCUGCAUUGUCCCGGUAGCACACGGCCACUGUACACAGCUGUUCGUACACACCUCUAAAUCAGAUUUAUUUUGUUGCCUUGUUGAUGUGCUCGGAUAAUUUUGUUAGUUAUUUCAAAUAAUUCGAUAACUAAUUGCACUGAGUCGUAAAUUAACGAAUUGAUGACCAGUUGUAUGGAUGUAAGCGAUUCGCCGCUUUGUUAAUUUAUCAACCCGGCAUUUGCAUAAAAUUUAGCAUUAUUUAGUCCAAUGCAAUAUAAUUUAACUUUUUUUUCCAAAUUAAUGAAA